AUGUUUUGUGAGGAAUCUUAUACAGGAAUUCCGUUGACAAAUUUGGGUUCGUGGCAUGUUGUGUGGUGUUCUCGGACUGUGCUCGGUUGGCUGCGCAGUAUUCUUCCUUGGUCUCCUUUCUUGUUUGGUUCGGGCAUUUUCAUUCGCUGCCCAAUGCGCUUUAAAAUAGUGGUUGUGGCCGCUUCCAUGAAUGCUGUCGCAUUACUGUCGUCAGCUUCUAAACUACUUUUGGUAUUAAUUGGCAUUGUUAAUGUUAUAAAUAGUGAUUCUUAUGCCUUGAAAUUUGCGACAAAUUUGACAGUUAUUGUUACAUUUGUUGUAAUUUAA